AUUCCCUCGUCGUCCUUUCAUCGGAUCAUCAUCAAACAUGGCAGGGGCACCACGGGGGCUUCUCCUCGGCGUUUGCGCCGCGCUGAUGGUAGUUGCCAUCGCAAAUGCGGCCAAUGGCAACGCGGCAUCUGUCAUCGUCGGCCUGGCCAAAUGUGCCGACUGCACGCGGAAGAACUUGAAGGCCGAGGCGGCUUUCAAAGGUCUUCAGGUGGCGAUCAAGUGCAAGAAUAGUAAAGGUGACUACGAGAGCAAGGCCGUCGGCGAGCUGGACGGCUCUGGCGCAUUCAACGUUCCGCUAACCACUGACCUCCACGGCGCUGACUGCUUUGCUCAGCUGCACAGCGCGGUGGGCACGCCGUGUCCCGGUCAGGAGCCUUCCCGGAUCGUUCCACAGUCCGAGAGCCACUUCGUGGUGGUGCCUGGCAAGACAAACAACCCAUCGGCAGAGUGCGCGUCGGUAACCAUUUGCGGUCCAAUCAAGAAGCACUUCAUGGACCACUUCCACAAGAAGCCCGUGCCACCAAAGCCGAAGCCGGAACCGAAGCCACAGCCGGAGUACCACCCCCCGACGCCGACAUAUGGAUCCCCAACUCCUAUCUAUCAUCCUCCAGCGAGGCACUUGUUCGACAAGAAGAAAUUGCUUGAUCACUUCCACAAGGACCAUGACCACCAUCCCUUCCUUGACCACUUCCACAAGAAGCCUGUGCCACCAAAGCCAAAGCCAGAGCCCAAGCCGCAGCCAGAGUACCAUCCCCCAACGCCCACAUACGGGUCUCCGACACCGAUCUACCACCCUCCAGCUAGGCAUUUGUUCGACAAGUUGCUUGAUCACUUCCACAAGGACCAUCACCACCACCACCUCUUUGACCACUUCCACAAGAAGCCUGUUCCACCGAAGCCGGAGCCCAAACCACAGCCAGAGUACCACCCUCCAACACCCACGUAUGGGUCUCCUACUCCAAUCUACCAUCCUCCUACUAAGCACUUGUCCGACAAGAAGCACUGGCUCGACCAUUUCCACAAGGAGCACGAGCACCACCACUUCUUCGAUCACUUCCACAAGAAACCUGUGCCGCCAAAGCCAAAGCCAGAGCCCAUGCCCAAACCUCAGCCGGAAUACCACCCCCCAACGCCUACAUACAGUUCACCGACGCCUACAUAUGGGUCCCCGACUCCGGUAUACCAUCCUCCGGCCAAGCACUGAGUUGAAGAAUGCUAAGUCAUUGACACUGCAACAAGUUGUUGGAUGCAUGGUCGUCUUGUGUGAUUUGAAGGCCUGUUAUUUUGUUUCUACACAAUAAACUACAGCUACAUUACUUCUCAUACGUUUGAGUGAGUAUAUAUUACUUCUUUGGGUGUUGGGAUAUGUGUCGUAUGUAAUUAAAAUACAGGUGUUCCUUUUUUGUAUUCAUUCAAUGUUACUGUAAUAUCAUUGUUCACUUUUAAAUGCAAAAGUUGAAACUAUUUAAAGUUGUA